AUGUCAUAUGACUAUAACUGUUGGGUUUGCUUUGAAUUGUUCACUGAACCAGUGACAUUAUAUUGUUCACAUUCAUUUUGUAAAGAAUGUAUAGAGAAAUCAUAUCAUAUCGAACAAUUAUGUCCAUUUUGCAGAAAAGAAAUUCAAAUGCCACUACCACCAAUUGAUAAAGAAUUGAAUAAAAAAAUUUUAAAACUUAAAGGUUUUGAUGUUGAUGAAAAUAAUAAUAACACAAAUAACAAUAAUAACAACAACAACAACACAAGUAAUAAUAAUAAUAAUAGAGAUGUAGUUAUGGAAGAAUCUCAACCAAUUAAAAAAAUUACAUAUGGUAUUUUAAAUUUACCAAGUACAAUUUAUGCACAAAUUUUUUCAGAAUUUCCAGUUAAAGAGAUAUUAAAAUUCUCAUUAGUUUGUAAAGAAUUUAAUAAAGCAAUUAAUCAUAAAUUCUUAUGGAAGAUUAAAUUAUUCCAAUUUAUUGAAUUUUUUAAUACAGAAAAAUAUGAAUAUGAUUAUAAAAAAUGUUUUAAAAUUUGUUAUCAAAAUGAAAAGAAUGAGAAUAAAGGAGCAGCAGGUACAUUUAAGAUGGUACCAUUUAGAGGACAUUCACAACCUAUUACAUCCAUUCAGCAUAUUGGUAAUGUAAUGUGUACUGGUAGUGUUGAUUCAACGGUAAAGGUAUGGGAUUUGUCAUCGAAAAAAGGUACAAACACUCAAACAUUUACAGGACAUAGUGGAAGUGUUACAUGUAUUAAACAACGUCAAUAUUCAGUUAUAUCAGGUAGUGAUGAUUGUUCAGUUAGAGUUUGGGAUUUUGAGAAAGGUGUGGAAUCAAAUUGUUUGAAAACUGAAUCACCAAUUCUAUCAAUUGAUUAUAAUGUGAAUAUCGGGGGUGACGGUCAAAUAAUUGCAACUAAUAAAGACACAAUCCAAAUUUGGGAUCAUAGGGAUAAACAAAGUGGUGAUGGUAUGGUUGGGAUUAGUGGUGAGGUGUUUUCCUCAAAGUUUCACUCAAACGGUCACCUAUUCGUCCACACUAGUGAUUAUUUAGAUUCAUGGGAUUUAAGAAGAUUCGAUAGACCAAUACUCAGAUUACCAAGCCCACAAUGGUAUCAACCAACUAAAGAUUUCGUUUACGUUUUCUCAAAUAAUCGUAGUAUUUUAAAAUAUAAUAUUUUAAAUGGAAAGUUAAUGGGAUCAAAAUCAUUAUCAAAUCAUUUCUCAAUUGCUGGCGGCCACCAAUUAUUCUCGGCCACCAACGAUAACGUAGCUUACAAUAUUGGUGAUUUUAAUGUCCAUCUUUUAGAUUCAAAUUUAAAUCCACUUCUUGUACUCUCAAAUCAUACAAAUCAAAUUAAUAGUAUCACAAUUGAUAAUAAAAAGAUUUUAACAGGUUCAAAAGAUAAUACUAUCAAAGUAUGGGAUAAACAAUCUGGAAAUCGUUUAUAUUCAUUACUUGGUGGUUCAAAUAUCGUUAAUCCAUCCGAUCCAAUUCCAUUAACUCCUGGCUGUAGUUUAGUAAAUUAUGAUAGAUCUCGUAUUAUUGGUGUUUUCAAUAAUUUAGUUAGAUUAUAUAAUUUUAAUUUAGAUUAA